AUCGGUCGAGGAGAAUUUCGGGAAUUAACGGGGUUCACGCCGAGCCUGCAGUUAUGUCUGCUGGAAACACAAAACCAAAACACACAUUCUUUACUCAGUCAGAGCAGCCAUCGUUCCAGCUCCUUGCUCGGAACCCAAGGCGUCACGUAAUUCUCGAUGAUUUUCAAAGAUGCACUUGUUCACACGUCGUUAAUUACUCACAACAAGCUCUCGCUGCUGCCCUUGUAUAUAUACUCGCUGAACCUUGUUCCUGCUGCUUACAUCUAGCUAGCUCUAGCUACUCCAAUGGCGGACCCCAGUUUCACGGAGCUCAAACUUGACUACCUAGAGUUCAAGAACCAUGGCCUCGGCAACCCAAUCUCAGAGUACAUCUCCGCCGGGCACUACACGUGGCGCAUCGACUGCCACUACACGGAGGAUGACGAGGGCGAUUGCAUCAACCUCUACCUAUUCCUGAGGAGCAAACUGAAGACCUUCGAUGGCAUCUUCGAGGCCUUCUUGGUGUGCAAAAACGGCGCACCUUCGUCCCGUGCGAAAAGGUCUGUCCUGAACGUCGACACCAAAUACACCAACUGUGACACCGUCAGUUGGCGUGGGGAAAUCUUGGUGAAGCCGAGCUUGCUGGAGUCGCGCUAUGUUACCAAUGGCGCGAUCACUCUUAUAUGUGGGAUCGUAUCCCUGCGUGGGAAUUGGUCUAUCACCGUCCCAGCCUCAGAAAUGGGCAACCAAUUCGGAAGCCUGCUCGAUUCACCAGACGGCACAGACCUCUCCUUCUCCGUUGGGGGCGAGACGUUCCGCGCGCACCGGACCGUGCUCGCCGCCCGGUCGCCUGUGUUCAGAGCAAUGCUCUUCGGCUCCAUGGCCGAGGCCAACAUGUCACGCAUCACGUUGUCGCCGGACGACAUCGACCUGGAGACUUUCAGAGCAGUGCUUCGGUUCGUGUACACGGAUCGACCGCCGGUAGAGGAAAGAUUUGGAUGGUCUCUGAAAACAACAGAGCAUUUUCAGCGCGUGCUGGCGGCUGCGGACCGGUACGAUCUGGGUAGGCUGAAGCUCAUGUGUGCUCAGAAGCUAUGGGAGACCGUCUCGGCGGAGACGGUGGCGACGACAUUGGGCUGCGCUGAGAUGCACGGCUGCCCGGAGCUGAAGAGCAGGUGCCUCGACUUCUUCAUGGAGAAGGAGAUCUUCAAGAAGGCGGUGCUAACCGAAGGGUACCUCUGGCUGAUGCAAUCCCUUCCCUCGGUUAUCGAUGAGAUCAAGGCGCGUGUUGAGGCCUUGAUUGUCUUCUAGAUAUAACUCAUUGUCCCAUGGUGAUUUGUGUAUGCUUUCCUCCUUUGAAACCAAAGA